UUCUUGGAACAAAGACGGACAUUAAAUGAACAUGUCCUCUCCCGAGCUUUUGCCUGACAUACUCGACAAACGGGUACGCUAGCUCAUGCGAAAAUUCUCCCCCCGGCGACAUACGAGACACGAUGUGGCGCCGAACAUACCUCUUCCUGAUCCUAAUCCGUCUCUACUUCGCGCUUUCCGCCAGCUACCUUCACCCGGACGAGCAUUUUCAAGGUCCCGAGGUGAUCGCAGGCCGCGUUUUCAAAUACCCCGUCCACCAAACCUGGGAGUUCACCUCGUCGACACCGAUCCGGAGCGUGUUUCCGCUAUGGCUGGCAUAUGGGCUGCCGAUGUACACCCUGCGACUCCUGUGGGAAGGGGUGGGACAGGACGAGGUCGCGCCGAUAGUGGUGUACUGGGCCCUGCGCAUCCUGAUGUUCAUGCUUAGCUUCGUGCUUGAGGAUUGGGCGAUUCAGGAGUUGGUCGAACAACCAAGGCAGCGGCACAUGGCGUUAUUGCUAGUUGCGUCGUCGUAUGCGACGUGGACUUAUCAGACGCAUACCUUCUCGAACUCGAUCGAAACACUGGUGGUCCUCUGGUGUGUGGUGUUGAUACGGAGAAUUGUCGAGGACAAAAAGCAUACCGGACUUUUCGCUUCUUUCGUGCUUGGUUUCCUUAUGACAUUGGGCACAUUUAAUCGAAUCACCUUUCCGGCGUUUGUUUUACUACCAGCUCUUAGCUUGAUACCCCAUUUCCUUCGAAAACCUCUUUCUCUUGUCACUAUUAUCAUCGCGACGGUUACCACCGCUUCUAUCGCGAUCAUCAGCGAUACCAGCUUUUACCGCAAUACCGAUCUUGCGAAACUCACCCUCCGGGAGGUCAUACAAUCCCCUGUCAUCCCGCCCCUCAACUCCCUCCGCUACAACUCCAACGCCUCCAACCUGGCCCACCAUGGUCUCCAUCCUCGCACGAACCACAUCUUCGUCAAUCUCCCCCUUCUUCUCGGCCCCGCCACGCUCCCCCUCCUCUCCACCUUCACCAAGACCCUCCGGCGCUAUCUCCGCCGCCUCCGCUCCGCCACCCCCCCGAUCACUCCCAUCAGCCCCUCCACUACCGGUCCCCGUCCCCCCUCACCCCUCACCCCCACCCAACCGCCCCCCAGCCCCUUCACCACCCCCCUCCCCCUCCCCCUCGCCUCCACCGCCCUCGUCGCCAUCGCCAUCCUCUCCCUCUUCCCCCACCAAGAACCCCGUUUCCUCCUCCCCGCCGUCCCCCUCCUCCUCACCUGCGUCCGCGUCCCCCGCCUCCGCCGCCCCGCCCGCUCCUUCACCCUCGCCUGGGUCCUCUUCAACGCCCUCCUCGGCACCCUCAUGGGGACAUACCACCAGGGCGGUGUCGUCCGCGUGCAGGGCUGGCUCGCGCACAACCUACAACUUAACCAGAAGCUCGGCGCCGCCACCAUCGCGCUUCCUCCGCCGGCCGCGCAGAUCGCCGUCGACCCGCCGAUGAACGUCACGGUGCGGGAGAUCAUCUGGUGGAAGACAUACAGCCCGCCGCUCUGGAUCCUGAACGGCGCCAACGGCGUGGUUGAGACGGUGGAUAUGAUGGGCGCGGAGCGGGCGGUCGUCCUGGAUCGGCUGAAGGUCGGGACGCGGAAGGCGUGCUAUCCGACGGAGCGGUCGGGUCUGAGCGAGGCGGUCUUCCUGGUGGCGCCGAAGGCGGUGCGGUUGCUAGGGCCGGGGGACCAGUCGUACGGGGUGGUUGGGGAGAAGAACUUCGGGCGCGGGAGAGGGCUGCGGGUGCGGAUGGAGCAUCUGGAUACACGGCAUGUGGGAAUGGACGAUUUGGAUUGGGGGACAGACGGAGUUAUUGGGACGUUAUGGAACCUGGUGUCCGAGCGGGGACUGGUGGUGUGGAGUAUCUGGCGGGACUGCGGCGGGUAAAGUACGACGAUUGUUUUGGAUUUUUUUUCUAUCUGAUUUGCUUGCAUACAAAUGAAGGUUGUGUUGUGUUUCCAUUCUGAUCCAAUACUUGCGAACCGUGGUCCGGAUAAAAACGAUCGAUAUGCCCAUCGCAGACUGAUGCCAAAAU